UGUCAGAUAGCAGUUUCAUGCCUGAUGACAACUUUGUUACAAGAUGAUCCUGCUUCUCGGUCUGAUGGUUUUUCUUUGGGUUGGAACGGCUCAAUGUCUAGAGGAAGAUGAAGGUUUCACUUUUGAAGGAGAAAUCCGCCACUUGGCUGUGGCCACCAACACGGUUUACAUCUCUACAGAUGAGAAGCUGUACCAGCUGAGCCACGACCUGAGGCUGGUCCGCAGUCUGAUCCAGAGAGGGACCCUGAAGGACGGAUACCAGCCGGGUGAAAAGGAGUUUCACAGGGUUUCUGACACGAAUGCAUUGAAUGCAAACUUGAGCAUUAACCUCUUAUUACCAUUUGUUAAGAAUGACACGCUGGUCACCUGCGGUGCCACCAACAACAGUUGCGGUUACUGUGAAGUUCUGGACCUGAGGAACAUUUCUAACCUUGUUUACAGUGAAAACAUCCAGAUGGGACCCCUGAAGCGCAGCAACGCGUCCAUCAGCUUUCUGGUGGAUGUGAAGGAGAACUCAGGUCGGACAGAAACUUAUAUUCUGACGGCCAUCGAGAAACGUAAAGAUGAGUCUAAGGAGAUCAAGUGCGCCUCCAGCAUCGAGACCAUCAACCUUCACAACGUGAAUGACAGACAGGAUGGAGGCAUAUUUUCUAUAGUGGGUGGCUCUGAAACAGUUGUGAUCAAAAGGGAAGGAAAUGUGGAGUUUGUUGACGGAUUUCAGAUCAACUCAACAGUGUAUCUGCUCUCCAACGUGCGUUCAAGAGAUCAGAACAACAAGGUCCAUCUCAGUUGGCUUGUGAGUCAAACAAGUAAAGUGGACACUCUGAAGUCUCUGCGGGGCGUUUAUCUCAGCGUCUCUGACGGAGGUGAAGGCAGCAGACUGCUGGCCUCCUCGGUCAUCUCUGAUGGACAGCCGGUGCUUUGGAGCGGUGUGUUCAGUGUGGACGGAGGACAAGCCAACACGGAGCAGGUGGUGUUUGACAUCAGUCCGGAUCCAAGCAUCUCAGCCACCAUGUACCCAGAUUUCUACAAUCCUGACCGUUAUACACAGCCCAAGACUCUGGGACCUAAAUCAGUGCUCCUCAGACUGAGACACAUGACGUCUGUGCUGGCCGUGAGGCAGAGGGCCUGGGCGGUUUUCUUUAUUGGAACACAAGAUGGACGGCUGAUUAAGUUUGUUGUGGACAGGAACUAUAACCACGCCUGUCCUGAAGUGCUGUACAGGGCCAGUGAUGACCGCAAAGUGUUUCCCAAAAUACAUCUGGACCCAGUGGAUCAUAAACACGUAUAUGUGCCAUUUAGAAACCAGAUGAAGCGUGUAUCUGUGUCCAAGUGCAGCAUGUACACAACUUUGCAGAAGUGCUGGUCUGCACAGGAUCCAUACUGUGUCUGGUGUGGCUCUAAACGAAGCUGCAUGUUUGAAGAUGAAUGUCCAGAUUCAAACUGGUUGUCCAUCCCAGAUGAAUCUCAACAGAAGAUUGUUUCCCACAAACUUGUGAAGGACCAGACUGGACAGAUCAACUUAAUCAUCCAGAUACAUGUGACUGUGGCAACAACAGGGCUGUCUAACUUCGCCUGUCAGUUCUCUACAACUUCUGAGGAGCCUUGUAGGGAAAAUAACCCUCCACCAGCAUUUCCACAAUGCACCUGCAUUCUCUCUGAUGACACACUUCCUGCUGACGGACAGAGUUUGCAGCAACACAGAAGCCCAGAGAUCUUCUCCAUCACUCCCAGUGUUGUGUCCUACCACGGCAGGAACCACGCCUUGUUGUCAGGCUGUCACCUCCACGAUGUGACCAGAGUGAGGAUCCAGAUGAGCUCCAGUUGUGUCCUACAGGAAUCUCCCAUUUGGAACAACACUGGUGUGAACUUGACUUUCCACAUUCCCAGUACGGACCUGGAAGCCGUGGUGAAGGUGUGUCUCCUCCUCCCGGAUGGUAACUGCCACGGCAACUCAGAAAUCACCUACUGGUCAUCACCAUUGUGUACCAAGACGGUACCAAAGAGCACCUGGAUCAGUGGGAGGAGAAAGAUGACACUGAUGGGGUCUCACCUGGAGUCUGUUGAAGGCGUCAUACACAGCCACGCCCCUCAGCAAGUCAGACCUCCCAUCAACAGCAGCUCACAGACUCUCACCUAUGAAAGUCCUGCAGCUGGAACCGGGGUUUCUGACAUCUCCGUGUUUUUGAGAGUCGCCAAUCAAACCUUGGUCUGUUCCACAAAACUGACCUACUAUCCAGACCCGGAGUUUACCAGCUUCAAGUCCGUGAGGGAAGGAGAUGUCGUCUACAUCACCACACAGAAACGAGCAGAUAAGCUGGAGGUGACGGCAGCAGAGUUGUCAGUGUGGGGCGUUCAGGAUGAGAAGCAAUAUCCCUGCAUCAUUAAGGACACAGAAUCCACAUACACACCUAACUUUUUCAUCUGUGAGAUUCAAAACACAACUGUUGACCAAUUUGAACACUUGAUGAAAAAGUAUGGUGACAAGACCGUCAUGCUAGGUCCUCCAGCUCUGCUGCAUCAGGUCCUUAUGAUCGUGCGUCUCCUGCUGGUACCCUUCGUCACCGCUGAUAUCCUUGCAUUAACCUUUCUGUGGUCUCAGUCCUGUCAGACCUCCAACCUGGAGCUUUCUUCCUGUGUCUUCUGA